GGCCAGCCAGUGCCGUCGUCGCUUCCCACGGCCCCGACUCGCCCGCCGAACGAGCAAAGUACCCCACAAUCGGCGCGAAAUUGGCGUUCGCAGCGUACCUGGUGUGUCAAGGGUGCGUCGCUAGAACAUCCAACGACCCUUUCAGUUUGCAAAUCAGGGAAAAGGUCGACGAAAUGCGCAACCAGAGUCGUCUGCCAGCCCACCACGUACACUAACUUCGGUUCACUGACCGCGUCGUGCGUUCUCAAUUGGAAGGGGAAUGUUGAGAAGACGGAACGCAGUGGAAUCAUCGAUCAUUGCGGAAUGGAAAACGGAACGAAAUUAAUGCAAAUUUCUCAAACUUAAUAUAAGAAGAUGCGAAAUCUCCAUUUUUUAUUUGAUGAUUUGUUCCUUCCGUAAAGGUUUUAGUGUUAAAGAUGGUGUCGAGCGCAGCGUCUCAAAUUUAAACUGUUUCACAUCACAACAACAAAAUAACAACAAAACACAUAUGAAACGUUUUCUCGUCGUAGUUGCAUUAAAAAAUGUGUUGAAUUUUGAAAAUUCUAUUAUGUUCUCUGGAAGUUUUCCACCUUAAACUGCAGUCCUGAUAGCAGCUAAUUCCAUAACUAAAAUGGAAAGUAUUUACGUGGAGAUUGACAGCUCGGAGGACGGCGACUGCUCAAAAUUAAUAGAAAGGUGUAGCGGCGCUGACUUUAACUCUUAUUUAGAACCGUCAGUUGAGGUCCACAUUAAUGAAGAGGACGAGAUUCAAGAUGACACGGCAAUGCCAAUUUUUGAGGUCUCGAUGAAUAAUGAUUUGGAUGUCAUAAAUGUUAAUGACCUAGAAGAGAUAACUGAGGACAAACUCUGUUUUAAACUUCCAUAUUCUGGUUUUCCGUCACUAUGUGAGGCAGACGUCAAAUCCAUCGAUCUCUGCAGAAUAUGUGGCUCUCCGAAAAAUGCGAAGCUUGCUAUAUUUAGUGAAGAAGGUCGCAAAAGGAAUUUGUGUGAAAAAAUCCACAAACAUUUGCCGAUUAGAGUUAUGGAAAGCGACAGACUCCCUUUGCAAAUUUGCUUAGUAUGUGUGACCUAUUUGGAAAUGUGUCACCAGCUGGUAAAAUGUUGCGGAGAAACGGAGCAAAGACUGAAAGAGCUGGUUUCCAAAGAAGAACUGGAGGAAAGCAACCAAAAAAUUAUUGAGACUGGACUAGAGUGCUUAAAUACUCCAGAAUCUGUCACUGCUGUGACAUGCAUGUCGCAAGAAGAACACAAACUUCCUUCAGGGCUGGAUUUUGCAAACCUAAAAUCAAAGGUAGCGGAAAAAUCUACUAUUAAAGUUGUUGUUGUGAGGCUUCAUGGUUCUGAUGACAAAACAAAUGAUAAUUCAAUACCAGAAAAUGGUAGGUCGUCCUUGCUGGCAGAUUCUCAUGAGCUCUUCCUAUGCACAGUGUGCAAUGAAAACAUUCAGGGCGUUGAAUCUGUUGUGAAACACCAGCGCGACGUUCACUCAAUUGAAAUGAAUUUCUGUCAGUGGUGCAAAGAACUGUUUGAUUCACAGCAAGUAUUGGAAUCGCAUCAGCUUGAAAAGCACCUUGGCGAAUGGCUGAAAGUAACAAACGUUGCUGAAAUUCAGCUGUUGAGAGAGGGUUCCAUGAAAAUGUCCAAAGAAUUCAACCAAAUGGAAAAGUCUCUGCAGAGCAAAAUAGUGGACGCUAUUCAGGCUAUGGUUGGACAACAGAAUUUGAAGGAAACGGGUACAGCUACGUGUAGACUUUGCAGACAGACCUUCAGCAGUUUGGCACUGCUGCAAGAGCAUCAUGCGAAAGCUCAUGAAGAUCCGAAAGGCUUUACUUGUCACUACUGCCAAAGCAAUUUUUACACAAAACGAAUGCUAUUACGUCACAUAACUGAGCAUUCAGAAUAUAAAGGUUUUCGAUGUACAGAGUGCCUGCGGGCCUUUAACACCAAAACUGGCUACAAUAUACACAUGCGAACACAUAGUGAGGAGAAACCAUACAUGUGUCCCGAGUGUGGAAAAACAUUUAAGCACAGCUCGAAUCUGCGAGCUCAUGAAAAGUCUCACUUGCCGGACGACCAAAAGAAGAGAUUCAAGUGCCCUCACUGUGAAAAGACUUACCGAUGUCAAUUUUUGGUGGACGAACACUCGAGGACGCACACUGGAGAGCGGCCGUUUUCCUGUGACGUUUGCUCCAAAAGUUUCCACCGCAAGCAGCAGUUGUCUCAGCAUUUGCUGGUGCACAGAACUGAUCUCACGUUUGAAUGCCACUUGUGUGGUUCAAGAUUUAACCGAAAGGGCAAUUUAAAUGAGCACAUGAAGAAACACAUAUAUAAAAACAAGUAUGUUUGCAAAAUUUGCAAAGAGACGUUCGACACUAUUAGCGAAGUGGUUGCUCAUCGCAAAGGCCAUACCAAUGAAGAACUUGCACAGGACAAAUCGGAAUCGACCGUUCGCCAAACUGAAGCUCGCUUUGAAUGUGAAUUUUGCAAGAAGUUCUUGGCCACAAAAACAUCCUUAGCUGCUCAUGUUCGGAUACAUACUGGUGAAAAGCCAUUUGAAUGUGACACUUGUGGCAAGAAGUUCUCGCAAAAGCCAGCUCUAACGUACCAUCGGAAAAAGCACUCGGUCGAAAAACCUCAUCGGUGCACUUAUUGCUCCGAGGGAUUCAUUACAAGAACAGCAAGGAUUGUUCACGAGCGCAUCCACACCAAUGAAAAACCCUAUUCUUGCCAAUACUGUGGAGCUUCUUUUCGAGGGUCUGGCAGCCUAAACCAGCACUUAAGUGUGCACAGUGAUGAUAAGCGCUUCAAAUGCAGCCACUGUACCAGUUCUUUUCAUAGGAAGGAAUCUCUUCAAAUACAUGAAAGGAUCCACACCGGAUUGAAGCCUUAUGUUUGCGAUCUCUGCGAGAGAGCAUUCAAACAAAGAGGGGAUUUGACCAAGCACAAGAAGACUCACUCCAAGACCAUAAGACAACACAUAUGCCGUAUGUGUGACUUUGUGUGCACUAACAGGAAAACCAUGAAGAAGCACGAGGCCACCCACUCAGUCGAGGAUGUAGCUAUGGUUGCAGGAACUCUAAUAACAACUUUCCCGGAAAUUACAAUUGAAGACGGACAUUGUGAAAUCAUGUUAGAUGAGGGAGUAAUUGAAGUUGAGCAAAUUCAAUUACAAUCUUAAUUAUUAAACUGUUACAAGCAAAAUUUCAAGUCCAUGACGUUUCAUUUUUCUGU